AUGGCCACCGAUUCCUUGGUUACAGCUCGUGUGAUAGGAGAUGUUUUGGACCCCUUCUACAGCUCCAUUGACCUGAUGGUACUGUUCAAUGGUAUGCCUAUUGUCAGCGGCAUGGAGUUGCGCUCUCCGACGGUCUCUGAGAGGCCGAGGGUCGAGAUUGGAGGAGAUGAUUAUCGUGUUGCAUAUACCCUGGUGAUGGUUGAUCCUGACGCUCCAAACCCAAGCAAUCCGACCUUGAGGGAGUACCUGCACUGGAUGGUGACAGACAUCCCGGCAUCAACCGAUGACACCUAUGGCCGCGAGGCGAUGUGCUACGAGGCCCCAAACCCGGCGACGGGGAUCCACCGCAUGGUGCUGGUGCUGUUCCGGCAGCUCGGCCGGGAGACGGUGUACGCGCCGUCCAGGCGCCACAACUUCAGCACCCGCGGCUUCGCCCGCCAGUAUAACCUCGGCGCGCCGGUCGCCGCCAUGUACUUCAACUGCCAGCGCCAGAACGGCUCCGGCGGCCGGAGGUUCACCGGGCCAUACACCAGCGGCCGACAUGCCGCCGCUUGA